AUGAAUAUCCAUGGACCCCAUUACCGGCGAUCUUCUCAAACCCUCUAUUCCCUUCACCAAGGGAAGGGAAAUCUGGGGUCAGACACUGUCGAGUUCGAGAUCCUAGAUCCCAUCAAAGUUGGGGACGGACAUAAUGCGCAGGUCUUCAAUAUUCGUAUCCGCAGUGUCCCGCCGAACUCAAAAACACUCCAGGGGGGGACGGAGCUAGUUGCCAAAGUAUAUGACCCUCUUUACCAGAAUGACGACGGCGGCUAUCUCAACCCUUUCCUUUGCAUGGACAAAUAUUACACACAUGAGGUACACGCCUAUCAUGUGCUUUCCUGUUUGCAGGGAGGUUUAAUUCCUCGGUUCUACGGGUCGUACUCCCUGGAUAUACCAUGUUAUGGAACGGAUAAUGGGCCGGAGACACGCGCCGUCCGCCUAAUUCUAAUAGAGCAUAUCCCGGGGUUAUCAAUGCUAGAAACUGACCCGAACCAGUUCCCUCAAGCCGACCGUCAGCAGAUCAUGAAUGCAAUCUUUAACCGGAAACCGGAUGAACCGCGGAUCGCUCAUCUGGAUCUUUUCCUCGGCCAAUAUAUCUCACCUUUGAUUCGGUGGAACGAACGCAGGAUGUUUGAAUUUGAAGAAUUGGUUGAUUGGGAGUGGGACUCCUGGCUCGAAUCCGAAUAUGCUCAUACCGCCGACACUAUCACACCGGCGAUGCGUGCUUUGUAUUGUCCUGAGGGCGUGUAG